UUCCUUUAAGGAAUCGACUUUUGUAAUCUCAGAAUUUUUUUUUGCAUGGUUUUUUUUUUUUUUUUUUUUUAGAGCCAUUUGUGUAAUGUGAUCCUCUCUUCCUCUAGAGGGUGGGAGGCAGGAGUGGUGUAAAGGGUGGGCGCCUGACUGAAACCCUGCUCAGUUCUCUGCAGAGUGAGUGCUCUGGAGGCUGGAAUGUAAAGUAUGUUCUUUUUCUCAGCUUCCUGAUCUUGCAUGGAAUGCAAUUCUUGCAGACUGCAGUGUAUGUGGAGAGCAAGAAUCUUCAUGCUUUCGCUGUUGGGGGUAUGCUUUAUCAACAUGGAGUGAAGGGUUCUGCUGAUUGCGACAUCGUACAUACAUCGUACAUUUCUCAUAUUGUAUGAUGCACCAUCUUUCAGGGGACCAAACUUAGUGUAGCCAGGAUCUGAUAUUAGUCUGCAGAAAAGGACUGAGUUCUUUGCUCGGAGAUCACUGACCUCUUUUGCAUUUCUACUGUUGUUCUGUUCUGGUUUGACUGAGGAGCUUUAUUGGUUUAAGUGGAUGAGUUACUUGAAGAAUGAGAUUUUUAAAUUCAUCUCUUGGAAAAUGGAGCAUGUGUAGAUUCAGUGUGCAAAUCUGACACAGAAUUAAUCUCUGGUGCUGAUCCUACCCACUGGCUUCAGUGGGCCAUACCAGUGGGAUGCAGGAAAGAAAAAAUCUGGUUUGUUAGAAUUGUAACAGAAUGGCAGAUAAUUUUUAAGAAGCAGCACUUGGGCAGGAUUCUGUCUGUCCUGAUUUAGCACUUCUGAGAACUAAGCAAAACUCCCAGAAGGAAAGUGACUCACUGAAAUUUCAGUGCUUCUGUUCUCUCCAGUUGUCUUUCUGCACUCCCCUUCACAGUGGUAUUUGGUGCUAUGGCUGGCAUGAGACUUCGGGGGCUGGCGUCCUCUAAGCUUUACCAACGCCGGCAGGAUCGGCUGAGUGGCACAGGGUCACUGCUGAAAGACGAGACACGGGCAACAGCUGGGAUACCUGGUAAUAUGUCUGAUGCCCUCGCAAAUGCAGUGUGUGAGCGCUGCCAGGCUCGCUUUGAUCCCUCGGAGAGGAUUGUGAAUAGCAAUGGGGAGCUCUAUCAUGAGAACUGCUUUGUCUGUGCUCAGUGUUUCCGACAGUUCCCAGAUGGACUCUUCUAUGAGUUUGAGGGUCGAAAGUAUUGUGAGCAUGAUUUCCAGAUGCUGUUUGCACCCUGCUGUGGGCAAUGCGGUGAGUUCAUCAUUGGACGUGUGAUCAAGGCAAUGAAUAAUAAUUGGCACCCAGAAUGCUUCCGUUGUGAGCUCUGUGAUGUGGCACUUGCCGACCUAGGCUUCGUAAAAAAUGCUGGCAGGCACCUGUGCAGGCCUUGCCAUAACCGGGAGAAAGCCAAGGGGCUAGGCAAGUAUAUCUGUCAGAAGUGCCACCUGAUAAUCGAUGAGCAGCCUCUGAUGUUCAGGAAUGACUCCUACCAUCCAGAUCACUUCAACUGCACCCACUGUGGGAAGGAGCUGACUGCUGAGGCCAGGGAGCUGAAAGGGGAACUCUAUUGCCUGCCCUGCCAUGACAAGAUGGGUAUCCCAAUCUGUGGAGCCUGUCGCAGGCCUAUUGAAGGACGAGUGGUCAAUGCUCUGGGGAAGCAAUGGCAUGUUGAGCAUUUUGUUUGUGCCAAAUGUGAGAAGCCAUUUCUGGGGCAUCGCCACUAUGAGAAAAAAGGACUGGCUUACUGCGAGACUCACUACAAUCAGCUUUUCGGAGAUGUCUGCUACAACUGCAGCCACGUGAUCGAGGGGGACGUGGUAUCAGCUCUCAACAAGGCUUGGUGUGUGAACUGCUUCUCCUGCUCCACCUGCAACAUCAAGCUCACACUGAAGAACAAGUUUGUGGAGUUUGACAUGAAGCCUGUGUGCAAGAAAUGCUAUGAGAAAUUCCCUCUGGAGCUGAAGAAACGUCUGAAAAAGCUGUCUGAGCUGGCCUCCAAGAAAUCGCAUCCCAAAGCUGUGGAUUUAAACUCUGCUUAAACGGGUCUGUCAUUCUGCUGACUGCACUCUUAUCCUCACAGACUGCAACUUGCAGCAGCUACUGAUCACAAAGGGAGCUGUUAAGAAUGUCUGAAACAAACCACAGACAAAUAGUACCUCCUCCAGCUUUUGUCACUGCAGCUUUCACCCUGAAUGUCGCUUUACUCAGGCAGUUGCAAAUUAACACUGACUGCAUGGGGAGUUUGGCCUCUGCUGAGGGGGUAGGGCAGAGCAAUGGGUAUGGUAGUUAACUGGCAUUAUUCUGCCAUUGAUCAGAUGUACACCAUUGUUUUUCUGUCCUUCAUCGUUUCUACAUGGAGCUGAAGUUCUCUCUUCUGUAGCCUGAGGAAUUUGGAAAGAACAGUGGUUUAAAUAUCAGAUGGUGAAAUGUGCAGAUUGUUCAACACCAGUUAUAAGUAUCAAGGAUUCCUUAAAUGCCUUGUACACAGAGCUUUUCACCUGUAGGACAUUGUUCUGAAUGUGGCCCCAAAUUACCACCAUCUGAUAAGUGUUUGGUAUGUCCAAAAUGAGCUGGUCUGUGUCUAGAUUCCCGGUGAACAAAUAUCCACAUCACAAAACUGCCGCAGCAAUCGCCCUUCUUGACACCCUUGUUGACAUUGUCUCUAGGCAAGGGAAGGAGUGAAUGGGCACAGAAUCUAUGCUACCUACUCACCUCACUCUGUGCCAGAGUGGGAGUAUAGUGUCUGGGCAGUGCACAGAAGUUUCACUACUGUUGUCCUGGUUGAUGCAUAGAGGAUUUCAAUCUCUGAGGCUGUCAGUUUGAUACUUCUCAAAAGUAUUCAAUUCCCUUACAAUUGAAGGGGGAUAUGUAGUGCGAGGGUGAAGGCAGGGGAUGCCAGGAACUAAUAUUCAAUGUUUACUUGCCAGUUCUCCAUUAGAUCACUGAUUCCCAGGGCUUGAAAUUGCCCAGUGUGACAUUAUACCCUACCCACUGACACACCUGCCAUUACCCUCUACAGUACCUGCAAUAUGCCUGGAGGUGUGGUUACUCUUUUGCAUAACAAAACCCAGUUGGCAGAUCUGGUAACUGUUAAAAAAUUCAGUCUGAGCCAAGCCUUUUCCGUUUGUUUGAAUGGAAAGACUACCUUCUCAGCUCAGUUUCCAUGACACUCAGUGUAUGUCUACACUGCAAUUAAAAACCCAUGUCUGGCCUCUACCAGCUGACUUGGGUUAAUGGGGCCUGGGCUUUGGGGCUGUUUAAUUACAGUGUAGACUUCUGGGGUUCGGCUGGAGCCUGGGCUCUAGGACCGUUUGAGUGAACCAAAAGAGCCUUCAGACUCGUAUCUAUAAAUCUUGUAGUAAGACACUAGCUGUGUCCAUGGUACCAUUUUGCACCUUUGCUAUUACUGAUGGCAACUUCUUUGGUGGUAGCACCAGUGGAUGCUGUUAUGUAGAUAGGGCACUAAACAGCUUCUAGUGUUUUAACCUCCUUGGGCAUGUCUUCACUGCAGAAUUAACUUGGGUGAUUGAUGCCCGGCUUAGCCUAGCUCAGGUGUGAGAGGCCACACUGCAGAGCCCUACCCAAGUUACUAUGUACUCAGUGGUGCUGCAGUCACCUGUCUGAGAUGUUAGGAUUUCCGGAGGCACAUGAUACCCCAUGGUUCAUAGCACUGCAGUAAGCUGAACCACUCUCUGAUUCUUUCCCAGUGUAUAAUGGGAGAACUUGUCUGUCCUGGGUGCAGGAGGGGAAUUGUGGGAAAGCAUUGGAGGACUGUCGACACUUGAGUGAUUUAGCCUGUCCCCUUGCUGCAGAGUGGGUAGGUUACCAGCUCAAUAAGCUUUAGGCUAUACCCACAGCUGGGCCAAUGAGCCCGGGUGUAAAGCAACACCACACAGAUCCCUUGUUGUCUAAUGCUGCUUAGAGCAAACUCUCACAACCUAGUGGCUAAAAUGCUGGUGGCUGGUCUACACUAGAGCACUUGCUGUUGCUACCAUGAGUGAAGCUGUACCAGAGAUAGCAAUGGUGAGAAAUGUUAGGGGAAAAGGCUAGUGCAGAAAGGACUCCCUGCGCAAGACUCCUGGUUAGUUAGCUGCUUUCCUAAUACCAACUGCCUUUGGCUGCUUUACUUUCUGCUGUAGUAAGCUAUCAUAACUAUUUUAACACCUUCUGUGCACCGCUUCCGCUAUAGCACUUACGAAGGGAUGGACUCUCUGAUCCAAUGAGAGAGCUUGUCUGUCUUCCACCGUGACUAUCAAUCUGCACAGUAACCUAGACAGUAUUAUUUUUGUCACAGUUUAAUAGCACUUGAGGACAGCUCUUGUUCUUCUGUAGCCCUUGGCCUGUCCUUCAGGGAGGGGCACAAGGAACUGCACAACUGAAGGCAGUCUUAAGUGGCCACUGCUGGGACCAGUCCACUAUGUUGCUUAUUCUCUCUAGAGUUUGGUUGAAGAACUAAAGCACAGGCACCUCAGGCCCAUGAGCAGUCACAAUUCAUUAUGCUGAUUCUUCCUAGCCUGGAGCAUGCAGCUCCUUUCCCCAUGCCCUUGGUCACAGGAAGGAGCCCAGUGCUGAAUCUGGGCAGCUGGGUAUUUUCAGCUGAUUCACCAGUCCUAGUUCAAAAGAAUUUCCUGGGAAGAUGGCAUUAUAUGUUCUUGUGAAUAUGCAAAAAUUGAGUCCUUCAUGGACAGUAGUUGUCUUCCAGACCAGCUCAAAUCUUGUCAACUGUGUUUCCUGCAGAGGCCACUCUUGAGUUUAGCAAUGGAAAAUGCAAAUACAUGGUUAAACAUGUGCAUGUAAAGACGAAUGUGAAUAUCUUUGUAUUAUGAGAAGAGAUACAGUGAGGACUCUUAUUUCCUAAUAUUUGAAAUUCAGUAGAUUAGGCCAGGGCUUGCUCGUACUUUUACUUAAAGGAAAAGACACCCAUCGACCCUGAGCUUUAUAAUAUAUGGAUAAUCAAAUGUCUUAAAGUGUCUCUUUCUAACUGUUAAUCUGACAAAUCUUUCACUAGAGUUCUGCUUUGUAGAGCACAUGGUUGUCUACAGAGUUAUGAUACCAGAUUUGAGAGACUAAGCAAUCAAGAGAGUUAUGGGAAAUAACUACACAACAGCUUGGAAACAUUCAUCUUCCCCCAGAUUCCACCUUUGGAAAAGUAAAUGGCAUAGGAUGUAAAGUAGAUGUGAUAGGAUCUGUGGACUUCUUUAGGGUAGAGUCUUUUGGUAUGAUGGAUUUGCUAAUACCUGUGUGUUCUUCAUAAUGCUGGAGUCAGGAGAGAAUCUCCUUCAUAGAAAGCAAUGUUAAGACUAAGAUAUGUGCGUUUUCCUUUGCUCUAAAUUCAGAAAGUCAAAUUCAUUCUUGCUGUCACUCCAUUAUCCUCAGUGCAUAUCAGUUAUAUCAGUGAUGAAUUUGGUUCAAAAGACUAACCUUGUAUUACUUACCGAAAGCUGCUGUCCAUUGUAUACUUUCACAGUUUUAAACCUAUAUUUAUAUACAUAUUUAAAAUAAAUCACUAAUGCUCACUGACUACACUUGAAGACGGAAAUGCUUUUAGCAACUGCGAUAUGUGCAGCUUACUCCUAUUCAAGGGGAAUAUUAAUCACUUCCCUAAUAUCCUUCCUUAUUACAAAACAAACUGCUAUAUGUUUUCUCUAGGGUUUGGGUCCUGGUGCUUACCCUCACAGUGAUCCACACAGCAUUAGCAAAAAUUGUUUAACCUUCCAUGCUCGGAGUUUCCAAUGCCAAAUGUUUUGUAUUGGAUGAUGCGGACUGCUGGGACUGAAGAGGUUAAGUGUCCAUUUGAAACGUAUAUCAGAGGAGGCAUUGGUUCGCAGAUAAAUCUGUGACUAAAGCAGUUCUAAGAGGUGUUCAGUUCUUAGUUUGUAAAGCACUCUUAGUGCUAAGGAUUCUAUAGAAUGAAUGAAGAAAUGUAUUAAUACUAAAGGGACAAGCCCACUCCCUAUUACAUGGCAUGUAUUCUGCAGACUGCGGAUUUCUUGUUUUGUACUUUUGUACUUCUGAGUUUGUGAUAUCUAACCAAAAUCUGUGACUGCUGGACUAAAAUAUUAUAAUCUGCACCUGUUAUGUAUGUUCUUGUAAUAAAGUUAACCGCAAUACAUUUUAAAUCGU